GUCCGGCGGAGGCUGGGUGGGCGUCCUCAGCGCGGGCCGGGGGCGCGGGCCCCGCCCCACCCCAGGACCCCGCCCCUGCGCCACGCCCCCGAGGCCCCACCCAGCCUCUCCGCUUCUGGCCUUCGGCCUCAGCAGCUGGAGGCUGCCGGCCGGCGAGGGCCGCGCGAUGUCGCACGGGCCCGGGCUCGUCCGCACCACGUGCAGCAGCGGCAGCGCCCCGGGAGCCGGGGCCGGCGCGGGGCCGCUGGGCGCGAGCUCUUCGGAGGGGCUGCUGGACCCCGUCUACCCCCGCACCCACGCAGCGCUGCUGAAAGUGGCGCAGAUGGUCUCGCUGCUGAUUGCCUUCAUCUGCGUGAGGAGCUCUCUGUGGACCAGCUACAGUGCCUACAGCUACUUUGAAGUGGUCACCAUUUGCAACUUGAUCAUGAUUCUCGCCUUUUACCUGGUCCACCUCUUCCGCCUGUACCGCGUGCUCACCUGUAUCAGCUGGCCCCUGUCGGAACUCCUGCACUAUUUAAUCGGUACCCUGCUUCUCCUAAUCGCGUCCAUCGUGGCAGCUUCCAAGAGUUACAACCAGAGCCGACUGGUGGCUGGAGCGAUCUUCGGCUUCCUGGCCACCUUCCUCUGCCUGGCGAGUGUGUGGCUGUCCUACAAGAUCUCGUGCGUGACCCAGUCAACAGGUAAAAUUACGGAGGAAGAGCCAAAACAAACAGCUGAAGAAGUUACAGUACCUCUGAGGAAGAGGCCUGGGGUGGAGAGGAGCAGGGAGAGGAAUCAUCGUUCCCACGGGAAGUGAUGCCGCCGUCUGAUGCCCUAACAGCCCGCCAGCCCUGUAGGAGGCGCUGCAGGACGUGUGACCCACGCUGAUGGAGGGGCUUGAGCCGGCGGCCGCAGGAGAGACCGGGGUUUGGGUCCCUGGGCCGGUGGGUGCGGGACGGGCCCUUCCUCCGGCUCCUGAGCGGGUCCAGCCUCUCUCGCCAGCCUUCUUCACUUCCUCAGAGAAUAUUCCUCCCCUUCCGGGAAGGAAAAGCAGCCUCCAGGGAAAUCUGAUCUCUCCCUCCUGCUUUAGAACAGCCUCAGGGACUGAUGCCCCCUCCCCCCGUUAAGGUGAAGGGGUGGUGUUUGAAUACUCUGCCGAACCCUUCCCCUCUCCCCAGACCUCCAAGGGGCGUCUUGUGAAAACACAGCCACCUCCUAAUUUAUCUCGCUUGGAAAUCUGGUCUUGAAGGUACCCUCUUUCUUAAAGUGAGGCUUACGGGAACACCAUGCUGUCAGCCUGUCCCCAAAUAGGAGAUUUUGGCUCCCUUCCUGUUGUUACCAUUGUGUACGUGUUUAUGUGUUUUUAAAUAAAAUGUUGACUUGGCUAAUUGCAGAA